AGCCAUGAUGGUCCAUUGCAUCAACCACAUCAUUACCAAACACAUAAAUGUUAACAAAAGCUUCCCAACCAAUUCUACACCCCUCUAGCUCCCAUUCCCCUUGAUAUUCAUUACUUCUUCCCAGCCAUCAAUAUGCUCUUCUUCUUAUCCCUCUUCCUUCUCUUUUCCUUUCCCCAUGUCACAUUUUCUGCCCAUUGCACCACCACCGCCGCCGCCAAAACCUUUCAAAAAUGCAUCACACUCCCUACCCAACAAGCCUCCAUAGCAUGGACUUUCCAUCGCCACAAUGCCACCCUAGACCUUGUUUUCUUUGGUACUUUCAUAUCUCCUUCUGGGUGGGUUGGGUGGGGCAUCAACCCGACCUCCCCGGAAAUGACUGGCACACGUGCUCUAAUUGCCUUUCCGGACCCUAGCACCGGUCAAAUAGUUCUCCUCACUUACCUCUUAGACCCAACCACAAAGCUCCAAAAACGCCCUCUCCUCUCUCGCCCUCUUGACAUCCACAUUCUCUCCUCGUCCGCCACCCUAUACGGCGGGAAAUUAGCCACCGUCCACGGCGGUGCUGCAGUCCAAAUCUUCGCUACAUUAAAACUCGCGCCGAACAACACAAAGCUCCAUCACGUGUGGAACCGCGGCCUCUACGUCCAAGGCUACUCGCCAACCAUACACCCAACCACAGCCAACGACCUUUCAUCCAUUACGACAUUCGAUGUCAUGUCAGGCACAACGGCCACACGUCACUCCAACAUUGGCACACUCAGAACAGUGCAUGGCAUCAUGAACGCCAUUGCAUGGGGCAUCAUGCUCCCCAUUGGAGCAGUGCUUGCACGCUACCUCAGGCACGUACAAUCAUUAGGGCCCACAUGGUUCUAUGUGCACGCUGGGGUCCAACUGUUUGCUUUUUUCCUAGGGACUGUAGGGUUUGCUAUUGGUAUUAGGCUUGGGGAUAUGUCACCUGGGGUCCAGUAUGGGCUCCACAGGAAGCUAGGGUUUGCAGCAUUUUGCUUGGGAGGGUUGCAAACCCUAGCACUAUUGUUUAGACCUAAAACUACAACCAAGUUCAGGAAGUACUGGAAAUCUUACCACCAUUUUGUUGGGUAUGCAUGUGUGGUGCUGGGUGUGGUGAAUGUUUUCCAAGGUUUUGAGGUGAUGGGAGAAGGAAGGUCUAUUGCUAAACUGGUUUACUGUUUAGGAUUGUCCACACUGAUUGGGGUUUGUAUUACUUUGGAGGUGAAUUCUUGGGUGGUUUUUUGUAGAAAACCAAAGGAGGAGAAGCUGAGGAGGGAAGGUUUAGUUGGAGCGUCUGAUAAAGGCAGUGGAAUCCUCAGUUGAUCAGAGGCAUCACGUACUUUAACAAAACGAUACUUCUCAGGCCUAUGGAAAAUUGUCGACCGACGAACAAAUUUGUUCGUUGGAAGGUUUUUCAGGAGCCCUUUUUUUGCUUUCAAGAACCAUAUUUAUAGCUGCAAUUUUGGUUCGCUUUUUUCAUGCUUUUGUAGAAGAGGAUGCUCAAUCCACAGAGGAAGCCCAAGCUGCGAAAGAAAGUGGACUAGUAAAAGGAUGGAAGCCCCCGUCCCACAUCGACCAAAACAAAGUUCACAAACUGCUUUAUAUAUUCCUACUUGAUAGCACUGCUUGUCCCUUCGGGGACAUCCGAUAAAAUUGGAACGAUACAGAGAAGAUUAGCAUGGCCCCUGCGCAAGGAUGACACGCAUAAAUCGAGAAAUGGUCCAAAUUUUUUU